GCAAUCAAGAUUACUUGCACAUUUAUGUGGCUCCAAGAAAGAAUUUGUCUUAAUAUCCAGUGGCGCUUACCUGACUAUGAAUUUUAAGACUGAUGAGUCUGUGGGAGAAAGAGGUUUUAAACUCAUUUUGGAAGACACAAUUCAGAAGCAUUCACAAGCAAAUGAAGUGGGGACCCAAUUGCUUAUCGAUGAGAUCACGGUAGAAAACAGUCCUGGAAAACAGCCACCCCAAAACACAUGCGGAAUUCCAGCUGUCAACCCAUCUCUAAUGGAAGGGUCAGAGAGACACACAAACGUGUGGCCGGCUGGGCUUGCGGAGCCCGGGGUGGUUGGCGGCCGUGCAGCGCCCGGGAAGUCGUGGCCCUGGCUGGUCAGCCUGCAGCACCAAGGACAACAUUUCUGCGGAGGAGCUCCGAUCGCGAAGCACUGGGUCCUGACAGCGGCGCACUGUGACUUCAGUACUGUCACAGAUGGCCUAGUAAUAGGAAGAAAUUCCCUGUCAAACAUAGGAAAUGGUGAUUUGAUACCGGUGAAAGCGGCAUACCCUCACCCUGGCUUUACCCAGUUCCCUCCUACUGAUGAUCUGUCUUUGCUGCAUCUGGAAAAACCUGUUGAACUAGAAGACGAAUUUUCUAAAACAGUGCAGCAGGCAGCUGUACCACUGAUCAGUAGUGCAUCUUGUCAAAAUUACUGGGGACUGGAUAUCAAAAGCACCAACAUAUGUGGAGGGGCUGCAGGAUCGUCCUCAUGCAUGGUAAUCCAAGGACAGCAUUGAUGAGUGCAACUUUCUUCUCAGUGUCUCUCAUGAAUGGGUGUUUGCUGACCACAAAGAGGUAUAUGUGCAUGGUAGUUUUAGAAUAAAAAGUGAGAAGAGGAAGUACCUUGCUAAGCUGAUGACUGUCAUUACUAAUUUGAAACUUGAAAUGAAUGCAAUUCUCAAAAGGAAUUGCUCAUUCAUUUGCUUGGUUGACUGUGUGAAUUUGAUGAUCCUCUAUUGUUUUUGACCUAUAAAGAUAAUUUAUUACGGCUCAGCUUCACAGCUGAAUUAGGCAGCUCAAAGCAUCUACUCCUAGUAGCACUGAAAAUAUAAAGAUAUUUUAAUGUAACUCAGAACAAUAAUUUAGUGAUUUAUAUUAUAAGUAGAUGCUUGAAACUUUCUGCAAGGCACUGUCUAUUGUCAGCAUUAAAUGACUUUGUGUUAAAUGUACCUUGGGCUUCUUUUGGAAAGUAGAGAUUUCUAUCUGAUUCGGAGAUCUGUAACAUCCACCAACUGCCUAUUCGCCUCUGCUGUCGCGAGCAGAAAUGAGAGAUGGCAGAAGACUCAGGCACUCUCUGAUCACCUCUGCAGCGGAGGUGAGCAUCCACUGCGAAUCGUGCAGCCUGAAGAGCUUUUCUUUUUGCCGGUUGCAGGGAGAUUCGGGAGGCCCUCUGCAGUGUGCCCUGGAUGGACAAUACAAGCUCGUCGGGAUCGUGAGCUGGGGAAGCAGUAACUGCCAGCCCGCUGCACCGACGGUCUUUGCCAGAAUUUCCGCCUACAGGGACUGGAUCACAUCUGUCACUGGAGGAGAAGCGUGAUCACUAACUGAGUAGCAUGGUGGUAUUCGUAAAUGGGAAAGGACAUACCUAACAGCAUCCCUGGAAAAUAAGCCUCUUGUCGGUGCUAAAAGACCCAGUGUCCCUCCUUGUCAUGGAGGACCUUGGAUUGGGUGUGUACAUACAUUUAAUAUUAAACAUUGAACACAGAAAGCUAAUGUUGAUUUGUGCCUCCUGGGAAUUUAUAAUCUGAAAUGUCAUUAAAUUCACAUUUAGUAUACAA